GGACACACGCACGAUGAUCCGGUUCGAAUGUAUCGAAGGGGAGUCGUCCGCUCCUAGCCUCUCCUUUCGCGACACUUGUUUUUUAAUACAACGCUUCUCGUCAUUUGAGAUGAUGAUAAUUACGAAAACACAGUGCAGAUGAUACGGGUGAAAGUAUUGAGGCAGCUGUUGGAUUAGGAAAGGACAUAUAUCCGCUCUUCACCGUCGCGCGACGUCUGCUAUCGCCAAAAUGACGGACUACGAGUGGUUUGCGAGACCAGUUGAUUACGAGGCAAGGAGACCUGUAAAUUUGGAAGAAGCAAAUGAUCAUCCACUAAAACCUGUCACUGUAACGGUGAUGGAUGGCCGGAGUGCAAUCAGACGUGGCACUCUGCGAAGUACAACAAGUACCAGUUCUUCUACGAGAACUCCAACUCCUACACAAACUACAGUUCCUGUUAAUAUUGGUUCGAUAGCAGAUCCAUUGUCCAGUCACUCGUCUCUCGAUGGCUCUGACCCACUCACUCAAUUUGUCAGGGAGGAAAUGGAUCCUCUCUCUAAAAUGGCAUCGGAUGAGUGGGACUACUCCGCUAAUGCCAAUGCAGUUGGAAGGAAGGCAAAGGAUAAAUUGGAUGAGAUAGUUGAGCCCUGGGCAGCUAGGAAAGCACUGGUGCUCAAUAAAUAUACAACUUUAGAAAAGCUAUCAAUUGUUACAAGUUUUCUACCAGGAGGAGAAAAAGUUAUUAUGAAAGUUCAACCAAGUGGAUCAUUGGUUGAUAAAGUGAAAACAAGAUUAGAGCAAUUGGAUGAUUUUGAAGAUGGUUCAGUGAGACAAAUGCAUGGAUUGUCUCAGCAAGAAUAUAUGGCUCGAAUUGAACAAUUAAAUAAUGAACUUGUAAAUGCUUGGCACUCUGAUCAUCGAGUCAAAGCAUUGAAAAUUGCUAUUCAAUGUGCAAAGUUACUGGUAGAUACAUCCGUGAUAUCUUUUUAUCCAAGUAAAUAUGUACUUGUAACAGAUAUUUUGGACAUAUUUGGAAAAUUAGUCUACGAAAGAUUAAAAGUUAAAGCAGAAUAUAUCAAACCCGGCAGCAAAACGCCUACAAGCCUACCAGAUAAUUUUACACCCGAUAUGGUACCAGAAAAUGCAAAAGAAACUUGUCAAAAUUGGUUUUAUAAAAUAGCAUCUAUAAGAGAACUGGUCCCUAGAUUAUAUGUGGAAAUGGCAAUAAUAAAAUCAUAUAGUUUUUUAACGACUAGCGAAUUUAGCACAAUUUUGAUGCGACUAACUAGAAUGAUUCGAGGAAUCGGCGAUCCUCUAGUAGCUGUAUACGCAAGGUGUUAUUUAUGCCGAGUUGGUUUUGCGCUCAAAACUUCUGAUCUUGAUUUCGUAAAGGAGAAUUUUUACGACUUUCUUUAUGCUUACAAACAACUUUUUUCCACGUCUGUUAAAGGCGAUUUGUUGAAACAAAAUCUUUGUCUACAUUCAUAUUUAAAUCUUUAUACACCAGCUUUGGAUUGGAUUUUACAAGUUAUGGCUGCUACUGCUAGUGAAAAUCUUUUGAAUGAAGUUUUGCUUAGGUGUAAGCAGCAACCUAACAGUGCUUUAUUAUUGAAUACGAUUCUAACUUCUUUCAAGCCUAUUUAUAUUGUAUCCCGUGCAAUGGAAUUUGUUAAUUUAAUAGAAACGUGCCAAGAUAAUGGCUAUCCACAAUAUCUUUUGUAUAGAAGCUUAGGUGAAUGUUUGAUAAAAGAAUCUCCUCCAAAAGAAGAUUGUCAACAUAUUUUAAAUACAGUAUGGAAGUAUAUGAAGGGAUUGAAUAAUUACACGAGAUUUAUGCAUGUAAUGGAAGUAUGGAUUCAGUUUACUUGUAUCCAUUUUUCUGCUAGUGAAAUAAAUUUGUUUUUGGGUGAAAUUAUAAAUCAAUUGGGACCAAGCAGAGCAUUCGAACACUUUUAUCCACAGCUGCAGAACAUUGCUGAAAAGAUUGUUGCUAAUACUCAGGAUUUUGAUUCUUUACUAACAAUGGAUAAUUUUUUACCACUGAUAGAUCUGUUUCAAAAGGAAAGCAUAAAAGUGGAAGUUUGCAAGACAGUCGUAGAAGGUCUAAGUAAACAAAGCAGUCCAAUAGUAGAUCCUAUAAUGAUAAAUGCUCUCAUGUUUAUUAUGAGGAUAAUGCACGACUCGGUCAGCGCGCUUACAGUUGAAGAUGAGAAAAGACAGAUCGGUCAGUUGAUAUGUGGUCUCAUUCUGAGGGUGGAUUACGGUCGAGAUUUUGAGAAGCAAUUGAAUUUUUAUGUGGAAGCGCGGGCUGCCUUUCACAAUCUUGAUAGUGUGCAUAUGCAGCUUGUACAGUGUGUAAAUAGAUUAUCUGUUGAUACUAGAAAAAUUGUUCGCGGCCACCAUACUAGAAGAACGUCGGCUUUUGUAAGAGCUUGCGCUGCAUUUUGUUUCAUUACUAUUCCAUCAUUAACGUUAGUUCAUACCAGGCUUCAAUUGUAUUUAUUGUCAGGACAAGUAGCACUUCUAAAUCAGUGUUAUGGUCAAGCCGAUUCAUGUUUCAAGGCUGCUCUAAGUUUAGUGCCAGAGAUGCCGAAAAAUUUCGACAUCGAUGGACGAAGUAAGAGCACUGAACCAUAUUUGCUCACCUAUCUUUCGAAUUUCCUUUCUACUUUGCUCGUCGUACCGGACAGUCCAGAGCACGGGGUUUUGUAUUUAAUGAGAGGCCUUCUUAACGUGGUUCAACGUUACUUUGUCGAGGACACUGCGACCAAAUCACAUUUGUAUCUAAGGGUAUUAGAUCUUUUGUCUACAGUUACUCAAGAAACUUAUCCAUAUCACGUUGACAAGGUCGACUCUAACGACAAACUGUACGGCUCUGAUCAAAAAUUCAUCAUCGAAGUCAACAAGAUAUGUUCUAAAGUUAUGGAAGAACUAUUGAAUCACUUGAAGAACUUGGGUGAAGCUGAUCAAUUGAAGAAACAGUCUGCUCUCGCCCUAGCUCUCUUCGAGCGCAUGAUCUUACGGGCAGAUUUGACGGACUCGUCAUUAUCGCAUGUUGCUGUAAAUUUAUGGAAUUUGUCUCAAAAACACGAUACCGUUAAUAGCAAACUGAGACUGACGACGUUGGAGUACAUGGUGCGCAAGAGCCAUUUGCCACAAUUUCAACACUUUGCUGAAAUGCUCAAGAAAAUGUCCAAGUAAGAGGGAACUUUUAAGUCUGAUAUGUGUAUAAUAUGAAUUUGUAAAACAAUGAAGGCUUCCUUAAAGGACCAGUAUUAUAUAAGUACAUCGAUAAUAAAUCGUUCGAAUUGUUUGUGCGUCGUGAAGAAGAAGAAAGAAAGAAAGAAAGAAAGAAAUAAUAAGAAUUAUAAAAGCAUUCGUUUGCUGUGAGCAGUUUUUAUACGUAUAAAAAAUCGACAAUGCUGAGAUAGUGAAAAUUGUAAAUUAUAUCUUUAUAGAAAUACAAACUGGUAGUCCAGUAAAAAUAUAAACAGCAUUAAUUCUCUUAUAUUUGAUAUACCAAAGGCGCGCAACGAAAAUAAUAAUGUACAAAUUUACGGUGCGACUGAACCGCACAAAGAUUCGCGUAAUACAAUGUUUAAAACAUCAAAAUAUACAUCGUAACGUUUGAUAUACAAUAAAAAAGAGAUAGGUACAACAAAA